ACCCAUACUGCGUGAAGCUUUUUCCAUGUCUUGUAUCACCAAUGGAGGUACUGGCACCAGAAAACCAAGCCAUACUGGAGUACUUACUAGAAAAGAUACACUGUCAUCUGCUGCCAAAACCAGUGCAGAGAAAAAGAAAGACAAACCCCAAGGAGUGAAAGAAAAAGAGGAGUCAAAUGCUAAUGAUCCAAAUCCAUUAAAUCAGGCAUCUCCUUCUCCCCAACCUUCCCCACAGCCUCUCCAAACACACAGGCAAAAUCAGGAAAGCAGAAACCCUGCAUCAGCAAAAAGUGUCAAAAGAAGCUCCACAAUAGAGAAAUCACAUAAUACAUGGGAUAACUCUGAUGACAGCCGAAACAAACUGAUGAGAGCUGCAUCAACCUCAAAAUUAACCUCAAAAGUUUCCAAAGUUUCAGACAAGCAUAAAGACAUUGUCAUCAGUCCAGCAAAAAUGUCCACACGAGAAAAAAACAGCCAAGAAGGAGAAUAUAUAAAGAUGUUCAUGCGUGGCCGACCAAUCACAAUGUUCAUUCCUUCUGAUGUGGAAAAUUAUGAUGACAUAAGAACAGAAUUGCCACCUGAGAAAUUAAAACUUGAGUGGGUAUAUGGUUAUCGAGGGAGAGAUUGUCGAGCAAAUGUUUACCUAUUGCCUACUGGAGAAAUUGUAUAUUUUAUAGCAUCAGUUGUAGCACUCUUCAAUUAUGAUGAAAGAACUCAACGUCAUUACCUUGGACAUACAGAUUGUGUUAAAUGUAUUGCUGUCCAUCCUGACAAAAUCAGAAUCGCAACUGGACAAAUCGCUGGCGUAGACAAAGAUGGAAGGCCUUUACAGCCUCAUGUUAGAGUCUGGGACUCUGUUAGUCUUAGCACGCUGCAAGUUAUUGGCCUUGGGACCUUUGAGCGUGGUGUUGGAUGUUUGGCUUUCUCAAAAGCAGACUCAGGUGUACAUUUAGCUGUGAUUGAUGAUUCAAAUGAGCAUAUGCUGACUGUAUGGGAUUGGCAGAAGAAAUCUAAAGUAGCUGAAAUCAAGACUACAAAUGAAGUUGUGCUUGCUGUAGAAUUCCAUCCCACUGAAGCAAAUACAAUAGUGACGUGUGGCAAAUCACACAUCUUUUUCUGGACCUGGAGUGGCAAUUCUCUAGCAAGGAAACAAGGAAUAUUUGGGAAAUAUGAAAAACCAAAGUUUGUUCAGUGCUUAGCAUUUUUAGCAAAUGGAGAUGUGCUUGCCGGUGACUCAGGUGGGGUGUUGCUCAUAUGGAGCAAAACUGCUGCAGAAUCCACAGCUGGCAAAGGAGCAAAAGGUGUGUACCAAAUAAGCAGACAAAUCAAAGCUCACGAUGGCAGUGUAUUCACACUUUGUCAGCUGAGAAAUGGAAUGCUGCUCACAGGUGGUGGGAAAGAUAGAAAAGUAAUUAUGUGGGAUCAUGAUCUCAACCCUGAACGAGAAAUUGAGGUUCCAGAUCAGUAUGGAACAAUCAGAGCUGUAGCUGAAGGAAAAUCAGAUCAGUUUUUAAUUGGAACAUCACGAAACUUUAUCUUACGUGGCACAUUUAAUGAUGGCUUCCAAGUUGAGGUUCAGGGUCAUACAGAUGAACUUUGGGGAUUAGCAACACAUCCCUUUAAAGACUUGCUUUUAACAUGUGCUCAGGAUAAACAGGUUUGUUUGUGGAACUCAGUGGACCACACUCUUGAAUGGACCAGACUCCUUGAUGAAACGGGACACUGUGCAGAUUUUCAUCCAAGUGGAAUAGUAGUAGCAAUUGGAACACAUUCUGGAAGAUGGUUUGUUCUGGAUGCAGAAACCAGAGAUCUUGUUUCUAUACAUACAGAUGGAAAUGAACAGCUCUCUGUGAUGCGAUAUUCAGUUGAUGGAACUCUGCUUGCAGUGGGUUCUCACGAUAACUUUAUUUACCUCUACACUGUAUCAGAGAAUGGGAGAAAAUAUAGUAGAUAUGGAAAGUGCACUGGACAUUCCAGUUACAUCACGCACCUUGAUUGGUCCCCAGAUAACAAAUACAUAAUGUCUAACUCAGGAGACUAUGAAAUAUUAUACUGGGACAUUCCUAGUGGUUGUAAACUAAUUCGGAAUCGUUCAGACUGCAAGGAUAUUGAUUGGACGACUUAUACAUGUGUACUAGGGUUCCAGGUUUUUGGAGUGUGGCCAGAAGGAUCCGAUGGAACAGACAUAAAUGCCUUAGUACGGUCACAUAACAGGAAAGUAAUUGCUGUUGCUGAUGACUUUUGCAAAGUUCAUCUAUUUCAGUAUCCAUGCUCUAAGCCAAAGGCUCCAAGUCACAAAUACAGUGCUCACAGUAGUCAUGUUACUAACGUCAGCUUUACACAUAAUGACGGACACUUGAUUUCAACCGGAGGAAAGGACAUGAGCAUCAUGCAAUGGAGACUUAUAGAAAAGGUGUCACUGUCACAAAAUGACAAUACUUCAGAUGUCAGUACACCCAGUACUCCAAUUGUAAAUGAAAAGGUUGUUCAACAAAACACUCCCACUUCUCUGCCACAAGAUUUAGGUGAUGUAGUUUUGGUGGAGAGAACACCUGAAGAAUCACUUGCAUCGGCAGAGGACACCUUGGAAGAAGCUGUGGAUUGUGUGCAAGAUCAGGUUGAGGUGCAAAGUGAAGGGAGUAGCCAAGAACCAGUAGAGAUAAAUGGUCAAGAGCCCUCAAAUGAGAUAAGUGAGGAGCCAACUGACUUGCCUACCAUUACUGAGAACCAGGAUGAUGAUUCACCGUUGUCUUAAACUAAAAAUCAGAUGUGUUUUUUACCUGGUGUGUGAGCUUUCAUUAUGGGAAGAGGGUUUAAUUAGUGGGAGAAUUUGUGGAAGAAAAAUUUAUACCAUACCUGAGCGAUUUUAGUCUGUUUCAAACAUGAAACUGUGCCAUGGACUAAAAUGGCCACUUCCUUCCAGAACUAACUGAUAGAGGAAAUGUGGCAAAACCGUAGAUUAAUGAAUGUGGUUUUUAUAACUGUCAGACUACAGUGGGUUCAUAAUUUUUUUUUUUAAAGAAGUGCAUACAACACAAAACCUAGAAUGUUUUACAGCAGGAGAAACUAUAAGGCAUUUCUAUGGUGCAUAUACAUAAAGGCCAAAGGCUAUUUAAUGCAAGAAAAAAAUCUUGAAAAUUGUGCAAUAUUUCUAGCAAAACUUUGGUCAACACAUAUGCAAUUUUCUUACAAAAGAUCUGAUGUUGUUGCCAUGACGUUUACCCUAAGUGCUGCCAGCUAUGGUAAGAGCUAUUUGUAUGAGAUAAGUGUAUAGCUAUCCACUUAGACAAUGUGAUCUAGCUUUAUCCUGACCAAGCCUUCUUUAAGGGGAUCCUAAUUCACAUAUAACAUAUCUGUAAAUUAAAAUUAAUGUGAAUUAAAGUAAACUGUGCUUGGAAAUAAAGGUGUGAUAUUUUUUUUUUAUAAAGCAUUGUUUAGUCUGAAGAAGAUGCCCACUCUAUAAAAAUAUAUAUAUAUAUAUGGAUUUUAUAAUUAACUGAAACGGUGCUUAGAAUUUCUAAAUCAUGCAUUUUUCAUUUUUUUUUUUUUGUAGUUGUAGUGAUCUAGACUAGCAGAAAAUAUAAAAAGGUUAAUUGCAAUAAAAAGUUUAUUUUAAAUCUGUUUAGAAAGAAAAUAAAUCUCACCCCUAAUUUUUUUUUCCAUAUAAAUAUGCAUUUUCUUUAUAUAUGUGAAUACAUUAAUUAAGCAAAAUAUUUUAUGUAUUUUUCUGCAUUGUUCUAAUAUAGUUAAGUUUAGAUUUUUUGGUUGAAUUAACAAGUCUUAAGUGUGCAAGCGUUUACGUGGUUGCGCCAUUCCAAAGUGCAUCAAACUGUCAUUCCCUUUUAGUAACUUCUCAGGAUUAUUGCUUCAGAUCAGGUAUUUAGUCAUUAUUUAGUAAGGAGUAUACAAUGGAUGCUCAAAGGUAUAAGCAAAAACGUCUAUAGUAAGGUUAUUUGGCAAUGCGUGUAUGUGUGCAAAUGUAUAUAGAUAUAUAAAUGUCUUCUUAUUUGCGUGUGUAUAUUUAUAUAUACGCAUACGUGUACCUAAAAAUUUACUCAGACCGAUUCUCUUGUUUACAAACUGUUCCUAAGAGCUCCUCAAUUUCUGUGGAGGAUAGAAAAUGUGGAUUACAACCAAUAUGUUUAUGCAUACUUCAUGUUUUAUCAGUGAGUUGCUGAGUGUUGAGGUAUUUCAUUGAAAUUAAUUCUCAUUGUAACAAUUUAAUUUUGAUGUGAUAAAUAAAUAAAUAAAUAUACCUAGAUUAUAGACCUCUUAAGAUACUCAAAUGCUCAUUUGUUUGUAAGCAUUAGUUGAUAUCAAUGCAAAGGUUGCUAUAAAUAUAAUGAUGAAAGUAUAUGGUUUAGGAAAAUACUUUUAUGCAAAUAGCCUUACAUCCUUUAAUGCUGGCAACUACUGUUGAAAAGAUAAUUAUGUGAUUAUGGAUGGAAAAAAGUUUAAAUAUGUAACUGUAGAUGUUUCUUUUCUGAGACAAAAUUGUGAAUGGAAUCUAAAUUUGCGUGUUUCUUGUGAAGAUGUUUGAGCCAUUUAUAUCUCAUGCAUUCCUGUCUCACGACAGUACAUUUUUUGAAGAUUAAAAUAAAAUAAUACAUUUGA